AUGGCCCCUCGUGUCUACUCCAAGACCUACAAGGUCCCCCGUCGCCCCUUCGAGUCGGCCCGUCUUGACUCUGAACUGAAGGUCGUCGGAGAGUACGGUCUUCGCAACAAGCGUGAGGUCUGGCGUGUCCAGCUUACCCUCUCUAAGAUUCGUCGUGCUGCUCGUGAGCUGCUCACUCUCGAUGAGAAGGACCCCAAGCGUCUGUUCGAGGGUAACGCCCUGAUCCGCCGUCUUGUGCGUAUCGGUGUCCUCGACGAGUCCCGCAUGAAGCUCGAUUACGUCCUGGCCCUGAAGACCGAGGAUUUCCUUGAGCGCCGUCUCCAGACCUGCGUCUACAAGCUUGGCCUCGCCAAGUCCAUCCACCACGCCCGUGUCCUGAUCAAGCAGCGUCACAUCCGUGUUGGCAAGCAGAUCGUCAACGUUCCCUCCUUCAUGGUCCGCCUGGACUCCCAGAAGCACAUCGACUUCGCUCUCACCUCUCCCUUCGGUGGCGGCCGUCCCGGCCGUGUUCGCCGCAAGAAGGCCGCCGCCGCUGCCGGUGGUGAGGGUGAGGCCGAGGAGGAGGAUGAGGAGUAA